AUGGCGGCGGCGAGUGUACACGACGCUGUUUCCGAUGAUUUUGACUAUGAAAUGUGGGCUCCAACCAUGAAAACCACACUAGUGGAGAAGAAACUUUGGGAUGUUGUCGAGAACGGAGUCUCGCCGGAUCCGACGAAGAUUCCAGAGUUAGCGGCGACUAUCAAAGUCGAAGAGCUCGCGCAAUGGAGGAAUCGUGUGAUUAAAGACAUCCAAGCGCUCAAGCUAAUUCAGUCUUCUCUCACCGAUUCGGCUUUCCGGAAGACAAUCUCGGUUGAUUCCGCGAAAAAUCUCUGGGAUUUGCUCGAGAAAGGUAACGAAGAAGCGAAGCUUCGUCGAUUAGAGAAACAAUUCGAAGAGCUUCGCAUGGGGGAAAAAGAAUCGAUCGAUUCCUACUCCGGUAGAGUUACGGAAAUCGUCGAACAGUUGCGCCGGUUGAAAAUUGAGAAAUCCGAUUACGACGUCGUCACGAAGGUUUUAGCCUCGCUCUCAGCGUCAUACGACGGUGUCGCUCCUGUGUUGGGAGAUCUCAUGGAUCUGAAGAGUAUGACAUUGAAGAGCCUCGUUGAGGUUUUACAAGGAUACGAUUCGAUGAAGAUUGAAGAUAUCGAUCGAGCGUUGAAGCUAAACAGGCUCAAAUACGAGUCUCGUAACAAGAAGAAUCACAUCCCUAAGGCAGAGGAAUAUGGAAGGCAGUGCUAUAGAAGGAAACAGGAUAAGGAUGGAGAAGAAACCAUGGUUGAUUAUAUACUGAUGGCGAAGUUGUCUCUGGGUGAUUUCACAUACGAUGAGGACAUGUGGAUGAUAUACGGCCAUUCGACGAGCCACAUGACGCCGUACGAGAAGCUUUUCGCAGGUCGUCUUGACAAAACGGUGAAGGCUAAAGUUGGGUUGGUUGAUGGAACGGUGAUCAUGGCGGAAGGAUUGGGAGAGGUGAAGGUUGUGAUGAAGAAUGGGAAGACGAAGACGAUCAGUCCUGUGCUUUUUGUGCCACGAGGGAUCAACAGGAACGUGUUGAGUGUUAAACAGAUGCAAUCGAGAGGGUGUUCGUUCGAUUCUGGGGAGAGAGGAGAGUGCAUUGUUCGUGAUAAGAGUGGGGCAGUGUUUGGUGACACUUUGUGGGAUGAGAGAGGAUUGUCUAUUCGUUUGGAGGUGGUUCAAGGUAAUCUCAAAUCUUAA